AAAACGCGCCCAUUGGCUCCUAACCCUUUUCCCUUACCAGCCGGCAGCCAUCGAAACUCCUAACGCCUUUCUCAGUCACUCUCGCAAGCAAAAAAUGGAGAACAUUCACAGGCCCACGAUCAUGGUCACCAACGACGACGGAAUUGACGCGCCAGGUCUCCGAGCCCUGGUUCGCGUCCUCGUUUCCACGGAUCGCUACAAUGUUCAAGUCUGCGCUCCGGAUUCGGAAAAGUCAGCUGUUAGCCAUUGUAUCACUUGGCGUCACCCAAUUUCUGCCAAACGAGUACAUAUUGAUGGAGCAACAGCCUUUGCAGCCUGUGGAACUCCAGCUGACUGUGCUUCUUUGGGAAUCUCCAAAGCACUCUUUCCUACAAUUUCUGAUCUGGUGGUCAGUGGCAUAAACAUGGGAAGCAACUGUGGUUAUCACAUAAUCUACUCUGGCACAGUUGCUGGUGCUCGAGAGGCCUUUUUCAAUGGUGUACCUUCUGUCUCUAUAUCAUACGAUUGGGUUGGAGGUAAGAGCAAUGUUCAUGACUAUACACUUGCUGCUGAGGCUUGUUUACCGAUCAUAAGUGCAAUUGUGGAUGAGAUCAGGAAUCAAAAUUAUCCUCAUAGAUGCUUUUUGAAUAUUGAUCUACCAACAGAUGUUGCUAAUCAUAAGGGGUAUAAGCUGACUAAGCAGGGUACAAGCAUAUUCAGAAUGGGAUGGAGACAAGUUACUUCUGACAUGCAAGGAGAAAAAAUGGCAUCGACUAUGACUAUGGAGUCUAACUCAGAAGCAUCAGCAGAAACUCAAACAUCACCUAUAUUGCCAGAAAAUCCUUUGUUCAGGAGGGAAGUGAUUAGUAUUGAACAUGGCGACAAUGAUACGGACCACCGAAUUCUUCAGGAAGGAUAUAUUACUGUCACUCCUCUUGGUGCCCUUUCACCUGCAGAGAAAGAUUCUCAUGUCUUCUUUCAAAAUUGGCUGCCAAGUGUGGUUGCACACCCCUCUUCUUCAUCCUUAUAAUGCUUAUAUCCUUCUUGUUGGAAUCGGAUUGUGAUACCCUUAGAAUUCCCUAUUCCAAUUCUAGGGGUGGAUUUCGGAUCUGUGGAACACCAUUCCUGUGGAAAUGAGCGAGUGAGGUGGGAAAUAUACACCAGUAUAUCUUCAGUUCGGGAAAAAAAAAAACCAUUUUGUCCCGUAGUUUUCACAAUUUCUACAUUUACGGCAGCGUAUCUUGAGUUCAACAGAACCUUCUUUUACCCAUUCAUUGUCUCAAAUUCUACUUUUUCUCCCACACAAUAGAUAUUAAAAGGGUCUCAUUCUAAGCUGUUUGAUAGUUUAAGUAGAUGAUAAUAGAAAGAAUAGUUUAAUUAUCCACGAGGUAAUAGUAAUCACUACCUUUAUGUUUUCACUGGACGAAAA